AGGCAAGUGUCAGGCCGAUGUGUCGCCCGCGAGGGGCCGAGGUCGGGGCCGGCGGGGCCAUGCGCGCGGGCUGGGCAGGGGGCCGGAGGGGCGCAGAGCUGAGCCGCCUCGGAGCCUGAGCCGCCCGGGGCCGGGGCCGGGGAGCCGCGCGGGGCCGGCCGGCCGGGGGGAGGGGAGCGAUGCGGCGCCGGCGGGCGGCCGUGGCCGUGGGUUUCUGCGCCUCCUUCCUGCUGGGCUCCGUCCUCAACGUGCUCUUCGCUCCGGGCUCGGAGCCCCCGCGGCCAGGCCAGUCCCCCGGGCCGUCGCCGGCCCCGGGCCCGGGCCGUCGCGGGGCCCGUGGGGAGCUGGCCAGGCAGAUCCGGGCGCGCUACGAGGAGGUGCAGCGCUAUUCCCGCGGGGGGCCCGGGCCCGGGGCUGGCCGGCCGGAGCGGCGGCGCUUGAUGGACCUCGCUCCAGGCGGGCCGGGCCUGCAGCGUCCCCGGCCCCUGCGGGGCCGGCCCCUGCCCGACGGCGUCCCAGGCUGGCCCCCGGCUCCCGGCCCGGGCUCCCCUGGCCCGGGCCCGCGCCUGGGCUGCGCCGCGCUCCGCAACGUGUCCGGCGCGCAGUACGUGGGCUCAGGCUACACCAAGGCCGUGUACCGGGUCCGCCUGCCCGGCGGCGCCGCGGUGGCGCUCAAGGCGGUGGACUUCAGCGGCCACGAUCUGGGUAGCUGCGUGCGCGAGUUCGGGGUACGGAGGGGCUGCUAUCGGCUGGCGGCCCACAAGCUGCUCAAGGAGAUGGUGCUGCUGGAGCGGCUGCGGCACCCCAACGUGCUGCAGCUGUAUGGGUACUGCUACCAGGACAGCGAGGACAUCCCGGACACCCUGACCACCAUCACGGAGCUGGGCGCCCCGGUGGAAAUGAUCCAGCUGCUGCAGACUUCCUGGGAGGAUCGAUUCCGGAUCUGCCUGAGCCUGGGACGCCUCCUCCACCACCUGGCCCACUCCCCGCUGGGCUCGGUCACUCUGCUGGACUUCCGCCCUCGACAGUUUGUGCUGGUGGAUGGGGAGCUGAAGGUGACAGACCUGGAUGAUGCACGUGUGGAGGAGACGCCAUGUACAAGCAGCGCCGACUGCAUCCUCGAGUUUCCAGCCAGGAACUUCACCCUGCCCUGCUCCGCCCAGGGCUGGUGCGAGGGCAUGAACGAGAAGCGGAACCUCUACAAUGCCUACAGGUUUUUCUUCACAUACCUCCUACCCCACAGUGCCCCUCCCUCACUACGGCCUCUGCUGGACAGCAUUGUCAACGCCACAGGAGAGCUCACCUGGGGGGUGGACGAGACCCUGACCCAGCUGGAGAAGGUGCUGCACCUGUACCGGAGUGGGCAGUAUCUGCAGAACUCCACGACAAGCAGCGGCACUGAGUACCAGCGCAUCCCAGACAGCACCAUCCCCCGGGAAGACUACCGCUGCUGGCCGUCCUACCACCAUGGUAGCUGCCUCCUUUCAGUGUUCAACCUGGCUGAGGCCGUGGACGUCUGUGAGAGCCAUGCCCAGUGCCAGGCCUUUGUGGUCACCAACCAGACCACCUGGACAGGUCGGCAGCUGGUCUUUUUCAAGGCCGGAUGGAGCCAAGUGGUCCCUGAUCCCAACAAGACCACAUAUGUGAAGGCCCCUGGCCGACCUGUGUGAGGACUCAGCCGACCAGCCGACCAUCCUCGCCAGCCGGGCUUGCCUGUGGAGGGAACGACUUGCACUAGCAGUGCUGCGUGUCACCCGGGAACCCCUGCAGACAAGGCUGACCUCCCAGACAGACCCAUGUGACCAGGACAAACGUGCAAUAAUGCGAAAUGUUAAAAUGUGAGUUUACCAGCCUAGGGAUGGGACUGCUGGCUCCGAGGCCAGGAAUCACAGGGGCCGACUGCCUCUGUCACCCUCUGGGCUGUGAGCAAGGCUCAGGCUAGUCUCCCCGCGGGGGGCUGCGCCCGUCUCGGGGCCAGUUCCGUGGGCAGCCCCAUCACUGUUCAUAGUGUGAGAAUGUAGCCAAAGCCCUGCUGCUGCUGCUGCUGCUGCACAUGCCACGGCAGGCGGGGGGCCGCGUGGGGACAAUCGGUCACAGAGUGUCCUCUCAGCUUAUCUCCUGACAGGAGACGUGGCCGGGAGAUGCUCCAGAGUGUAGGUGAUUCUGUACCUGGAGAGGCUGCCUCUGGCCCCCCAACAGGGGGCGCUCCGAGGCCAGCCCGGGGCCGGGGCAGAGGUGCGCCCCUCAGCGUGAGCCAAGAUGGGGUGGGGGAGCAGGCUGCGGUUUGAGCCAGGACCUGGGGUGGGGGUGGGGCCGGGGCCUUUCUGCCUCAUUUGCUUUCAGUGAAAGCCGCGAAGCAGCCAAAACCAGGCUCUCCCCCCUCCCGGAGUUUGUAUAUCCAGAAGCUUUUGUACUUCUUGUUCAUUAAAUUGUUUAUUUUUGUAAAAAAAGAAAAGAUCAGUUAAUAAAAUGACGUUUCACAGCAAAAA